CGGCGAGCGGAAGUCAAGCAGCACAACGCCAAACGCCUCUGCAGUAAACAUCUAAGUCUAAAAUGGCAGGAGCAGAGGGAGACGAUUCGCUUUAUCCUAUCGCGGUUUUAAUCGAUGAAUUGAGAAAUGAAGACGUUCAGUUGCGGUUGAACAGUAUUAAGAAGUUGUCCACCAGUGCUCUGGCCCUGGGUGUGGAAAGAACACGGACUGAACUACUGCCAUUCCUUACUGACACCAUAUAUCAACCUCCCCUGGAGAGUUUGGCCACAGUGGAGGAAACGGUUGUGCGGGACAAGGCCGUGGAGUCUCUGCGAAAGAUCUCUCAGGAACAUUCCCCCGUAGACCUAGAGGUGCAUUUUGUACCACUUGUGAAGCGUUUGUCCAGCGGGGACUGGUUCACCUCCCGAACGUCUGCGUGCGGACUGUUCAGCGUCUGCUACCCACGUGUGUCCAGUACGGUUAAAGCGGAAAUCCGUCAGCACUUCCUCACACUUUGCUCGGGUGACACUCCCAUGGUGCGUCGAGCUGCCGCCUCUAAGCUGGGCGAGUUUGCAAAGGUUCUGGAGCUGGACUAUGCUAAGAGUGACAUCAUUCCUCUCUUUACAGCACUAGCAUCUGAUGAGCAGGACUCUGUGCGUCUCUUGGCGGUAGAAGCUGGCGUCAGCAUUGCUACUCUGCUGCCACAGGAAGACUUGGAGGCUCUGGUCAUGCCCACUUUACUUCAGGCCGCCGAGGACAAGUCCUGGAGGGUGCGCUACAUGGUGGCAGACAAAUUCUCAGAAUUGCAAAAAGCAGUUGGCCCAGAGAUCACCAAGACCGAUCUGGUCCCGGCGUUCCAGAACUUGUUGAAAGAUUGCGAGGCAGAGGUCCGGACUGCUGCUGCCAACAACGUGAAAGUAUUCUGUGAAAAUUUGCCUGAAGACAGCAGGGAGACCAUCAUCAUGACUCAUAUUCUGCCAUGCGUCAAGGAGCUGGUGUCUGACACAAACCAGCAUGUGAAGUCUGCCUUGGCUUCUGUCAUCAUGGGUCUCUCUACCAUCUUGGGCAAGGACAACACCGUAGAACAUCUGUUGCUUCUUUUCCUGGUCCAACUGAAGGACGAGUGUCCUGAGGUGCGUCUGAACAUCAUCUCUAAUCUGGACUGUGUGAAUGAGGUGAUCGGGAUUCGGCAGCUCUCUCAGUCUUUGCUGCCAGCUAUAGUAGAGCUGGCUGAGGAUGCCAAGUGGAGGGUUCGACUGGCCAUCUUUGAGUACAUGCCUUUGCUGGCUGGCCAACUGGGAGUGGAGUUCUUCGAUGAGAAGUUGAAUUCCCUGUGCAUGGCAUGGCUCAUUGAUCACGUGUUUGCCAUCCGAGAGGCUGCCACCUGCAACCUCAUGAAGCUGGUGGAGAAGUUUGGAGCAGAAUGGGCCCAGAACACCAUUGUGCCCAAAGUCCUUGGCAUGGCCAAUGAUUCCAACUACCUGCACAGGAUGACCACUCUCUUCUGCAUCAAUGCUCUGUCUGAAGUAUGUGGACAGGAAAUCACCACCAAGCACAUGUUGCCUGUAGUCCUCAAGAUGUCCACUGAUCAGGUGGCCAAUGUGCACUUCAAUGUGGCCAGGUGCUUACAGAAGAUCGGACCAGUUUUGGACAGCAGUGCUUUGCAGGCAGAGGUUAAACCAGUCCUGGAGAAACUAGCUACAGACCAACAUAUGGAUGUGAAGUACUUUGCUCUAGAGGCUAUAAGUGUUCUUGCCUUGGCUUGACUGACUUCCUCACCACAUCCAGUGAAAAGCUGACAACACAAGACCUGUUGCAUUAUAUUUAUUGUUCAUUUUGAAUGAUUAAGUAUCGUCGUUGUGUUCUUGUUUACUCUCAAAGAUAUUGAAUGAUCAAAGGAUGGACUUUCUAUCAAGUUUUACCUCAAACAUUGCUAGCGCAGCUAAGCUCUGCAUGCUUGUACAAUUACGCAUAGCUCUUCGCAAACAUCACCCCAUGAGCCAUUCCAGUGCGAUCUUAUCGGAAUCGGUACAUGCCUGCUUCAGCAUGCCAUUUGCUUUUCUUAGACCGGAGCUCAUCCUGCCAGUAGCAGAUGGUGCGAAAUGCCUGUUUAUUUGCUUUAGUAGAUUUGCUAGCGCCACAGCACAUUGUUUACAUGUGUUCCCUCUCUAGAGAGGGAAAAAAAAUCUCAUGUGCUCACAAGGUUUAACCGCAGAGUCCUCCAUGUGCACAGGGCAGAUUGUGUUCUGAGCACAUGGUUGGAUUGCGGUCUCUCUAGAAAUUUGCUUUACGCAAUGAAGUCACACCUUUAUCAUGAGCUUUUUCCAUCUAGGGACCAUAUAAUUGAAUCAGUUGUGCUGUAACACAGGAUGCACGUAUGAAUCCACAUCAAUUCACGCCGUUUUGCCUGCAUUUUUGCGCUCAUGUUGGUCAUGAAUAGCCCCCUUUAUAAACUUGUAUAUUUUCUUGAACCUUUGUGCCAAUGAACUAUCU